AUGGCGCAAAAGUACCUGUAACUGCUUACUUGCCUAUUCGGGCAAUCCCUGGUAUGAGCAACGAACAAUACCACGCGUCAAGCAACUUUGACCAUGUUGUGGGCGUCAACUUCUAUAUAUACCAUGCUCCGUAGCCCGCAUCCAACACUCCUCGUUUAUCAUCGACACCGCUUGCAAACCACCUCGCUCUUCUAGUAGCCACCACAGCCACUGCCAGGCAGAACACAACCCAUCACCAACAACUUUCUCCUCAGCGCCAUAUAUCAACUACUAAGGCACACAACAAGCCUUCCUCCACCAUGGCCAGCUCUUUCCGCAUGCCAGCCCCACGCCUCCUCCUCACCGCCCGCUCGGCCACUCUCUCUUCCGCAACAGCAUCUCGUCUCAGACACGCUCAAGGCUGGACGAAGCCCCUCCCCCCCACCUCAGUCUCUCCCCUCUCCUCCUCGACCACCUCCUCCUUCUCGACCUGCCACGCCAUGCGCAGCAGUGGCGCCCACUCGGGGGGCGCCACUCCGAGCCCCAGCCCGUCCUACCUGGCCUUGUCUCUCCGGCGCAUCGUGCCCAACCCGCGCACGCGCGCGGCCCUGGCCGUCGGGGUUGUCCUCCUGGCCGCUGUGGACACGUACGCGUACGUGACGUACUGGCCGAAGAUCGCGGGGAAGGGACGGGGCGGUGGUGUGCCGGAGGUGGGUGGUGAAGGCGAUUCGCGGGAGUGAGGCACGAUCUUUAAUCGUCUCUCUCGUUUGUUUACCCGGAUCCGAGAGGAAGGGAUGCAGGCCGAUAUUGAAUUCGGGCAAGGGAUCCAAAGCUGGCGAUAGUGAUUUCGAGGAUGUGUGUGAGUUGGCUCCAUGGGGACACGACACGACGAGCAUAUAGUUGUUUCCGGGGAGGUUCCUCGAGAGAGAGCUUUCUGAACUAUGUACAUCAUCUUGAUCGCUCGUCGAGACUUGGAUUGGAGGAUGA